ACCGGUGUUCAUUAAUUUAAUGAAUGGCGGAAUUUUUGGACAAGCAUCAACUGCCAAUUUAGUGGGUUUGGCACGUGCUUCCUAAUGAUUGCCAAAAUAAAGAAAGAAAUAGAACUUUUCUCUCUUCAUUCAUUCACUAUAGCUUUCUCUCUCUUCGUUUUUCUCUCUCUAAAAAGCAAGUAACUGGCGAUUUCGAGCGUUUUCUCUGUCCUCCAUUGUUGAUUUUCGAGCUUUUUCUUUCUUCUUUUUCACUGGUGAAGUUGUUAUUUGCUUAAUUCAGGUUCGUUUACUUAUUUUUUUUGAGAUUUUUGUUAGUUUAAAUUGUUUUGAUUCUUCGAUUUUUAGGUUUUUUUAUUUUGAUUUUGUUUUCGAUUUUCGUAGUGUUGAUUCCGCAAUGGUGAAGAAGAAGAUUACAAAGAAGGCUGUAGAUGCUGAAGAAGGUGGUUCAAUAGGUGGUUAUCGUUAUAAAAAGCCUACAAAAGGAAAAGGAAAGCCUAAAGAGCCUGCUAAGCCUAAACCAGUACCAAAAAAGGCUCAGAUAGCUCCUGAGAAGAGCAAAGCGGUAUCUAAAAAGGCUGGGAAAAUUCCUGAGAGUGACAAACCAGAGUCUGAGAAGGCUAAAAUAGUUCCUAAGAAGACCAAAAUUGUACCUAAGAAAGCUAAUACAGUGGAAGAUUCUGAUUAUGAAAUGCUUUCUGAAUCUGAUUCUGAAUCUUUUAUGGAGCAAAGAAGAAUCAUUGCAAGAUGUAGACCCUAUUCAUUGGAAAUAUUGCUGCAGAACUUUAGUCCUGAGCAAAAACAGGUUGUUGAAGAAAUUGGUUUUGGAGGUUUAUUACAUCUUAAAUUGAAAACUCUUAAUCGUCAAAUGCUACCUUGGCUUGUUGAAAACUUCAAUGCUGGUAGCUGCAUGUUUACCAUCGCUACUGGUAAAGAAUUUGUUGUUACUAGAAAUGAUAUAUGCGAUGUGUUUUGCUUGCCUUUGAGUGAUAUUUGUGUUCCUGAACUUAAUAAAAAUUCUGAAGAUGAAAGUGUAGAUAAACGUAUCAUUCAGGCAUGGAGAUCUGUUUAUGGUCUUUCUGGUAAGCAACCUCUUCAUUUGUCAAAAUUGGAGUCUAGGAUGGUUGAUUUGGUUGAUGGAGGGGAAGAAUUUAAGAGGUGUUUUGUUCUUCAAGCUAUGUCUAGCUUUUUAGCUCCUACUACUAAUAGGACUGUUUCAUUGAAGUUGCUGAAAGCUGUUGAAAAAGUUGAUGAAAUUAAAACUUUUGAUUGGUGUUCAUAUGUUUUAAAAAAGUUAAAGAAGGUUGUUCAGAAGUAUAAGGAUGAUGAAAAUGCUCAAAAUGUUAGUGGUUGUUUGCUGGCUUUGCAAAUUAUGUAUUUUCAUCGUCUAAAUUUUCAAGGUGAAAAGGAAAGUAGUACUCUUCCUUUAAUUCAACAUUGGACGGAUGUAAAGAUUAAGAAGCGAAUUAAGUUAGAGAUCAAAGCUGGUGGUUAUGGGCAGGGACCAUUGGAUACUAUUACAUAUCCUGUGUCACAGCUUAAUUUUAGGGGAACUGUUUUUAUGCCAGCUCCUACUUUGGGUUAUGAUAAGGGUCCUUCUACAAGUGGUACGACUGGUCGCAUUAUUGCAUUUGAGCUUCCAGAAGGUAUUAUGACCGAUGAAGAAAUUAAAAAAAUUUCAACUGAUGUAAGUGUUCUGUUUUCUUAUAUGUUUAGUUAUUAUUGCUUUUUGUUUACAAAAGUUAUCCUUUUUGUGUACAAAAGUUACCCUUUUUGUGUACAAAAGUUACCCUUUUUUGUGUACAAAAGUUACCGUUUUGUGUACAAUAAUUACCCUUUUGUGUACAAAAGUUACCCUUUUUGUGUACCAAAGUUACCCUUUAUUUGCACCGAAGUUACCCUUUAGUUGCAUUAAAGUUAUCUUCAAUAUUAAGUUAAAAGGG